AUGGCCGGCAUAAGCGCGAGGGUGGUCGCGGCGCUCGGCGGCGGCGGCGGCGGCGCCGGCGGCGAGGGCGCGGCCGCCGCGCUGGAGGGCGACGCGGGGGAGCCUGGCGCUGGCGCGGAGGGCGCGCGGCAGUCGGCGGCCGGCGGCAGCAGCGGCCGAGAGUACAAGGACGGCCAAGCUGUGCAGGGUGGCGGCGGCAGGGCCGGCGGCGGCGGGCCCCGCGCGCGUCGCGCGCGGCUACCGCAACGCGCGGUCGCAGGCGCGGACGGCGGCCCCGUGUUCACGACGCAGGGGCUGUCAAACAUAGUGUGGGCGCACGCGGCGCUCGGUGUGGCGGACGGCCCGCUGCUGCGCGCGGCGGUGGGCGCGGUCUGCGAGAAGCCGCUGCUGUAUGAGGCGCGCGCACAGGAGGCAGCCUCUCUACUUUGGGCCCUCGCCACCCUCGGGGUCGACACAGGGUUGCUGGCAGCGCACGGCAGCAACGGCGGCGGCGGGGCCGGGGGCGUUUUGGGGGAGAUGGGAGCGGAUGAGGGCCCAGCCGAGCGGCUGGCGGCAGCGGCGCUGCGGCGGCCGGGGGAGUGCGGCGCGGCGGAGGUGUCCAACAUGAUGUGGGCGCUGGCCAGGCUGGAGCAGCACGCGCGGGCGCGGCAAGAGCGGCAGGCGUUGGGUCACGACCAGCAGCAGCAGCAAAUGGACAAGGAUCUACCCAGCCAUCCCAUUGAAGGCUUGGAGCCUGCUGGUGUCGCUGUCAGUGCCGGCGCCGCAGCGGGCCCCGCCGCGGGCGCGCCUGUGGCCCCGCCGCCCGGCGCCGGCGGCCCCAUGUUCGCCGCGCUCUGCCGCGCCAUGCUGCAGCGCCUGGGCGCCGCCAGCGGCCCGGACGUCGGCCAGGCGCUCUGGGCGUGCGCGGCGCUGCGGCACUUUGACGCGCCCACCCUCUCCGCCCUCGGCGCGGCCGCGGCCGCGCUGGCCCAGACAGGCCUGCUCAGCGCGGCCGAGGUCGCCACGUCAGCGUGGGCGCUGGCGCGGCUGGGGCUGCGGGACGAGGGCGUGCUGCGCGCGCUGGGGGACGAGGGGGCGGCGAUGGCUUCCGCGGGGCGACUGAAGGAUGUGGAUGUGGCCAACCUGGCGUGGGCGUUUGCUACGCUCGAGGUGGGGGUGGCGUCGUGCGGGAGGGGGGACGCGGGUGAUCGCGCUGUAGGGUAG